GACGCCACGUAGUUUUAAAUUGGGCAAAGCCGAAGAUCCCGAGGGCCCUUUCUGCGAGAUCAGCAAAUGUCUCAAAGCGGCGGUGACUUCAGCCUCCCCGACGAGAUUCUCGCCGUGAUUCCCACCGACCCUUAUGAUCAACUCGAUCUCGCCAGGAAGAUCACUUCCAUGGCCAUCGCUUCUAGGGUUUCAACUCUGGAAUCCCAAGUCUCCGGCUUGAGACAGAAGCUUCUUGAGAAAGAUGGGCUUGUCCUUGAACUUGAACACAAAGUCUCCUCCUUUCAGAGACUUUACCAUGAGUCUGAGUCCACUUUGAAGAAUCUUGUCGAUGAAAAUAUGAAACUAACUCAAGAACGAGAUUCACUGGCCAUUACUGCGAAGAAACUCGGUCGUGAUUUCGCAAAGCUGGAAGCAUUUAAGAGACAAUUGAUGCAGUCAUUGAAUGAUGAGAAUCCAUCUCAAUCUGAGACAGCUGAUCUCAAAAUGGUUCCUCGAGACAAAGAUGAGAAUUCAAAUGGCUUAUCUGCACGUGGUUCCUACUCAAACAAAGAAGGUUUCAGUGAAGCCAGGCAAAGACUGCCUUUGACACCGCAGUUCUCUCCCGCGUUUACGCCAAGCGGAACACCGAAGAUGAUAUCUACUGCUGCGUCUCCGAGAAGCUACUCUGCCGCUUCAUCGCCAAAGCUAUUCUCUGGUGCCGCAUCUCCAACAUCUUCACAUUAUGAUGUACGUCUGUGGUCUUCAGCAAGCCAGCAAUCUUCAGUGCCAAACUCUCCUCCUCGCUCACAUUCUGUUUCAGCUCGCCAUCCGCGGAUUGAUGGGAAAGAGUUCUUUAGACAAGCCAGGAGCCGUCUGUCUUACGAACAGUUCAGUGCAUUUCUGGCUAACAUCAAGGAACUAAACGCUAGGAAGCAGAGCCGGGAGGAAACAUUACAUAAAGCAGAGGAAAUAUUUGGAAAGGAAAACAAUGAUCUUUACAUAUCGUUUAAGGGACUUGUCACUGGCGGGCGUUGAAAGUUGAAACCAAAACAAACACCAACUUCGAAGCUUUCUUUACAUGACCGACCAAUUUAGUCAUGACUAAUCCCAAAAUUUGUAAAACCUCUUUUAACCAUACAAAAAGAGCCAGGGAAUUUUGUUGUUGAAAGUCCCCCAGUUCUUUUGCUAAUAAGAGUUUAUAUAUAUAUAUAUAUAUAUAUAUCUGUAGAACGCAAAACAAAGAUCCAAUAAUGUAUUAUCAUCUUCAUCCAUUCGUU